CAGCCUCAGUUUUAGAUCAGUCAGUGUUGACAGCGGCGCGUGGUGGGACCGUGACUUUUCUGUUUUUUAGAUGACUUCUAGUAACAAACAGAAAACUGCGGUGGAAAGCGAGCUUCACUUUUAGUUUUUGUGACCACGGAUAAGCCAUGGCUACAAUAACGUGUCGAGUGCAGUACCUGGAGGACUCGGACCCGUUUGUGUGCUCAAAUUUCCCGGAGCCCCGCAGACCUCCGCAGUACGACUUCAACGAGCAUUUGCCGUUGAGCGAGCAGAUCGCCGGUGUCCACAAACUGCUGGAAGCCCCGCUAAAGCUAGAAGAGUGUGCACUGCAGCUGGCUUCCAAUGGAAACUACCUGGAUCUGGAUUCAUCACUUGCUGAACAGAGAGAUGAUGUGGAGCAGCUCUAUGAUGACGUGGAAAAAGGCAAAAAGCCCAUCUUGAUUCUCCGUACGCAGCUUUCAGUGCGAGUUCAUUCUAUUCUAGAAAAGUUGUAUAACUCUCAUGGCCCUGAGCUUCGACGGUCCUUGUUUUCUUUAAAGCAGCUCUUCCAGGAUGAUAAGGACUUGGUUCCAGAAUUUGUGAUCUCCGAGGGUCUGACUUGUUUUAUUAAAGUGGGUGCUGAAGCAGAUCAUAACUACCAAAACUACAUUCUCAGAGCUCUCAGUCAGAUCAUGCUGUUUGUAGACGGCAUGAAUGGCGUCGUGAACCACAACGAGACUGUACAAUGGCUGUACACGCUGUGCGGCAGCCUGUCUCGGCUGGUUGUGAAGACUGCUCUGAAGCUGCUGAUAGUGUUUGUUGAAUACACAGAGUCCAAUAGUCCACUGCUUAUUCAGGCCGUCAACAUUGUGGAUGGGAAGAGAGGUGUGAAGCCCUGGACGAUCCUUAUAGACAUUCUGUCUGCAAAGAAUGGAUCAGACACAGAGCUGCUCAUCUACACCAUGACCCUCAUUAACAAGACACUGGCAGCGCUUCCCGAUCAGGACUCAUUUUAUGAUGUGACAGACUGUUUGGAGCAGCUAGAAAUGGAAAGCAUCAUCCAGAAACACAUGACUAGCAGCGGCACUGAGGGUGACCUUAAACAGCAGUUCACUAUUUAUGAGAAAGCCCUCAAGUAUGAAGAUGGUGAGAUGGAUGAAGCAGCACCUAAUGUGCGUAAAGACAGAAGGAAACUGACACCCAGUGAGCAGGAGGGCAGGAAGAGCCGGCGUUCGUCUUCUCACAAUCUUACAGAUAUCUCCUUUCGACCAGCCUCCCCAACUGUUUCAGUCUCUUCUAACAGUCCCACUCCAUCAGAGGUGACACGCACAACUUCUCCUCAGCUGUCAGACUCAUCGUGUUCUCCUGCUCCUGGCAGUCCUGUGUUGACCAGUCCCUCCUCAACCACCUCUGGCUCCCAAACUCCACCUCUGGCUCUUGUGACUAAUGGAGCCGUGUCUGCUGCCGCCCCUCAGCAAGAACACAACCUGGGGCGCUCUUUUAUGAGUCAGUACAUAGCUCACAUGGGGAUUUCUAGACGGCGGUUAAAAAAGGAGAGGUCAAUAACAGAGGAAAACUCAAGCAUCUUCAGCAGAGCGUCUUUCUCAGAAACGGACUCUGCUCCGGAGACUCCAACUCAGACGACAACAGAUCAGCCCAGCCGAACAGAGGGAAAGAGAGUCUUCAAACAGCAGCAGGCAGACAGUGUUUGUCCAGAGAGUGUGAAUAGAGACUUGCCAGUUCUGAAGAAUUAUGCAGACACGUUCUUGCGUUCUCUGGCUGUGUCCCAGUGGGAGAAAACCAAGAAGUCGUCCGCCUUACAAGAGAAAGCAAGCGAGAGUGAGGCGCCCACUGAAGCUGAGGAGCAGAUCUCCCUCUCCACCCCCACCACAGGAUCUAUUAGUGGUCAGGAGUCUCAAGGGGAGAACGUGAGCAGGCACACCCUGGAGCUGCCAGAGGACACGACGACAGCCCACAAUGAAGCAGAGGGUGGUUUGCAACGUCAGGGCAGCACAGCAGAGCAGCACAGCACCCUCUCUGAACACAAGAAGUUCAUGCUGGACAUGCUCUUCUCCAAAAACAACAGCAGCUCCGGAGCUCUAAAAAGUCCCAGUCUGGAAAGUGCACUUGAGGGCCAUGGGAUCAGCAGCAUGGCGGGGCGGCUCUCCAAACUGCAUUCUCUGUCUUCUCAAACCACAGAGGACCCGUCCCGGCGGGCAGAGCUGGAGAGUCUGGGUGGCACAGCUGACGCUGCUCGUGCCAGAUUAGCAGAGGAACAGAAGCUAAAGAAGCUGCGUCCACAGUACAGUAUUGAAGCCGAAAUGCAUUCACAGAGUCUGGAGAAAACCUUGAUGACACCACUGUCCAGAGGGAGUCAGGAUGUCUGGGAGAAACUGCAGCCCAGCUCCAGACCUCUGCGGAUUAAAGAUCUUGAUUUCUCAGAUCUGAUGGAGGAGGAGGAUAUUGAUGUGCUGGAUAUAGACACUUUUGAUACUGGCCUGUCUAAUGGAAUACCUCCACCUCCUCCUCCAGUGCCAGGACUGGGUUCUGCUCCUCCUCCUCCUCCUCCACCACCUCCUCCACCUGGACCUGCUGGUCUGUUUUCACCACCUCCACCUCCUCCUCCUCCACCUGGAUUUGUUGGUGUGGCUUCACCUCCUCCUCCUCCUCCACCUCCUCCUCCUGGAGGUUUGAGCAUUCCUCCUCCUCCGGGACUCUUCUCCAUGUCCCCAUCUCAGGGGAUGGAUCCAGCUUUUGUGAAGAAACGGAAAACAGUAAAGUUGUUCUGGAAGGAGCUGAAGCAAUCUGACAGCCCCAGGAAGUGCAAGUUUGGGAGGGGAACAGUGUGGGCUUCACUUGAUAAAGUGGAUGUUGAUACAGCCAAGCUGGAGCACCUUUUUGAGUCAAAGGGAAAGGAUCUUCCAGUAGCAAAGAAAGGUGCUGAGGUGAAGAAAGCAGCAAUUUCAGUGCUUGAUCCUAAGAGAAGCAAUGCCAUCAACAUCGGCAUGACUGUUUUGCCUGCUAUACAUGUGAUCAAAAGUGCUAUCCUCACCUUUGACGAGUUUGCUAUCAGUAAAGAAGGCAUCGAGAAAAUCCUGACCAUGACGCCGACAGAGGAAGAGAAACAGAAGAUUCAGGAGGCGCAGCUGGCCAAUCCGGAUGUACCACUGGGCAGCGCAGAGCAGUUCCUACUCACACUGUCCUCUAUCAGCGGCCUAACAGCCAGAUUACAGCUCUGGGCCUUCAAACUCAACUAUGAGACCCUUGAGAAGGAGAUUGCAGAGCCACUUUUUGACCUGAAGCAGGGCAUGGAACAACUCGCCAAGAACAAAACCUUCAAACGUAUCCUAGCAACACUACUGGCCAUUGGCAACUUCCUAAACAGCUCAAGGGCGAAGGGCUUUGAGCUUGGUUAUCUGGAGAAGGUGACCGAGGUGAAGGACACUGUGCACAGACAGUCUCUGCUUCAUCAUACCUGCAAUUUUGUGGUGGAAAAUUACCCAGAUACGACUGACCUUUACUCUGAGAUCGCUGCCAUCACACGCUCUGCUAAAGUGGAGUUUGAGCAAUUAUCCGAAAACCUGAUUCAGUUGGAAAGAAAAUGCAAAACGUCCUGGGACAACCUUAAAGUUGUGGCCAAGCAUGAAACUAAACCCAACUUAAAAAACAAAAUGACUGAAUUCCUGAAAGACUGUACUGAAAGAAUCAUCAUCCUAAAAGUAGUGCACAGACGCAUUAUUAACAGGUUUCAUUCUUUCCUGUUGUACUUGGGUCAUCCCUCAUAUUCGGUGCGGGACACUAAAGUGACUCAUUUCUGUAAGAUCAUCAGUGAGUUUGCCCUGGAGUAUCGCACCACACGUGAGAGAGUCCUCACUCAGAAACGCAAGCGCGCCGUCCACCGAGAGCGCACCAAAACCCGGGGCAAGCUGAUCACUGAGACAGAGAAGUUUUCUGGAGCAGUUACAGAGCUGUCUCUGGAAAGCAGCCCAUCCCCAGUGUCUUCAGCAGUAGAAUCAGAGCCAGCCCAGGAGGAGCAUGAAAACAUGAAAAACCUGCUUAUCGCCAACAACGACAACAAGCUGCUGCGCAGGAGCCGUGCCGUACGAAAGAUUCUUACUACUGCUGGUGACACAUCUCCAGUUUCUCCCUCUCUUCAAUGGAGUGAUGAAGAGGAGCCUUGUGACUCUGACAGCGCUCAUACUUCACCAGUAGAGAGCCAGUCAGCACGGGAAGAGGACGAUGAAGGUGUGGGCAGGCUAAGCACACACAUGUGUGUAGCCAAAGAGGACAGCGCCAGCUCACAGGACGAUGCCACAGAUGAGAUCAUGGAUCGUCUGGUAAAGUCUGUCACCCAGAAUCCCAAUGAGAGAGCGUCUAGUCCAAAAACAAGGAAACGCUCGCGGCUUAACCGAAAGUCAUUGCGAAGGACUCUGAAGAGUGGUCUGAGUGUGGAAGUGGUCCAGGCUCUCGGCCUCGGCAAUUCUAAUGGCAAGGUCUGAAUCCAGAAGCUCUCGUGGUAAAAACACUUGCAAAGCAGCAUAAGAAUCCAUAAGGAGAGCUGCAAUAAUGACAGGAAGGACUGUGACAAAGGGAUCUUCACUAAACACAGUCUCUGGAGUCCCUGAACUGAAAUCUGCCUGCCAAUGCGAACAAUUCACUGGACGACUCGUAUGCUGUAUGGAUACCUGAAGUGUGUGCAUGAUAUUCAUUAGACACAUCAUGAUUUGAUUGGUACAAGCUUUAAAUGCAUAGUAUUGAAUACCAGCCUACAUUUACUGAUGGAGAAUACCUGUGUAUAUGAUCCAGUGAUGUAAAAUGCUUAAUAUGUUGAAGAGAUUUAAGUAUGAAUUGGUUUGUAUAGAACUCUAGAUCACAGUUUAUACGUCAACAAGAUGUAUUUUAGAUUAAUACUGCUUUUUUUUUUUGGAAAUACAAGUCUUUUGCUAUAUUUGUUUUAAUAGCUCAUGGUUGGAAUAACAGAAGCCAGUACGUGAGAUCAGUGCAAUAGGGUAACUCAAAACACUGGUUUCUGGACCCGUAAAUGAAGCCAAACCCUGGAUUAAAUGACACUGUCAGAAAUGAUUGACCAAUGAAAACUCUUGGAUGAGGUUUAAUUUGUGUCUGGAAAGCUGACCCAUGGGUGGUGUUCAACUGAAAAUCCUGACUAUACCAAGGAGAUCUUGAUUAGAGAGGACAUAAACUAGGUCAGAUGUUUGUUUUUCUUUUAUUUAUCGCAGUGCUCUCUUGAUAGGUUUGUGGAUGCUACAACAGUCCUGUAUUCUGCUGUAUCACAUUUCUGUCCUAUUUAUUGAUGUGCUCUGUAGUCAAGAGAAAGGUUUUGAUGCGUUCUUUCACUUAAACACCUUUUGUUUUUGAUUGUUGAUUUGUUUUUGUUUUUUUUUUUAGUUAUGCCACUGAUAUGGUGUUAUAAAAUAUGUGCAUGGAGCAAGAGAAAUGCCACAUUUAGGCCAGAAUGUUUCUGCAGCACUUUUUUAUCAUUACUGUUACACGCACAUAUUUUAAGCAUUUUAUAGUAUUGCUUUUUUGCACAGAGUUUUAUGCUUUAGGAAUUUGGAGACACUAGGGGUUGUUUUCUGUAUGACUUUAUUACCUGUCUGCAUGAGCGUGCAUGUGUUCCUCACAAUGAAUGUAUCAUUUUCAGUGCUUCAGUGAUGUCAUCACUUUUGACACCUGCACAAGGAAAGUUUGUUUGCAAUGUUUUGUUUUUUUUUUCUUGCAAAUACAGUUCUUCUCAUUUUUAGUGUUGUAUUCUGAUUCACCGUUGUUUUACAGUGACAUGUUGGCCUUGAAUCCAAAGACAGAGCUUUGUUCAAAAUUAAAUUAAAUCUUUUAUUAGA